CAUGAAGACCGCUGGAGGUUAGGCCGCAUGUCUGUUACUGGCUCUCAUAAAAACACCAAGAGACGGCCAUUCAGGACCAGAUCUCGGAGAAAUCAAUAACGAGAGCUUACGACGUGGUUUCUUGGCUUCCGUUUUCGGUUUAGUCGUUUCAGUCGCCGCCGCGGUAACUGUUGGAGGGACUCUAAAAGUCUGUCCUCAUUUCACAACAAACAGGCGCAGUGAAGCACUUCCUUGAACAAUCUGUAUGCUGGAGGAAGACGCUGCUUUUGAUGCCCAGAUGCUCUGAUUAGUGUGUCCUUAUUUGGAAAUAAACUUCCAAACUCAUUACCCUUGGUGUGACUAAAGAAGCGGAUCCAAAGAAUGAAUAUGAUCAGUCAAGGAGGCAAAGCAACAUGUACAGCCCGCUGGCUAAAGAAGAAAGUUAACUGACACAGACACACACAAGUGACUCAGAACUCGUGUCUGAGCCUAAAUGUGUCAGACGAAGCUGCGGACAAUUACCAGAUCCAGAGGCCUUCAUAUCUUCUCAUUUUAGAACACGCAGCUGUCAAAAAAAGGGGUCAAGUGAAACUGUCUGUGCCGACAGCACGUUUGGGAGUAUCAUUCUUCCUCGGUUGUGCUGAGAACUAAGCGAUGGCCAUGGUGAGAGGGGGGUGGGGAGAUCCCAACGGGGAAACAAAUGGACUUGGUGACAAGGGUUACCUGAGGGGAGAUGAAGAUGACGGGUCACCGCAAGGAGGCGGCAGCGACAUGGAGGCCGGUGAGGAUGAUAAGGGAUGUGUGGUGGACUGUGUUGUCUGCGGCGACAAGUCCAGCGGGAAACACUAUGGUGUGUUCACCUGUGAGGGCUGCAAGAGCUUCUUUAAACGAAGUGUCAGACGAAACCUUAACUACACCUGCAGAUCAAACCGAGACUGCCAAAUUGACCAGCAUCAUCGCAACCAGUGUCAAUACUGCCGUUUAAAGAAGUGUUUCCGAGUGGGAAUGCGUAAAGAAGCAGUUCAGCGUGGACGGAUCCCACCUUCACAUUCGAGCCUGAGCCCAUCUACAACUCCAGUAGGCGGUAAUGCCGGCGGUGGUGUGAGCGAGUUCUACAAUGGGCAGCCGGUGUCCGAGCUCAUCUCCCAGCUCCUGCGGGCAGAGCCUUACCCUAACAGCCGCUACAGCCACCAGUACAACCAGCAGAUGCAAGGCGGUGGUGGCGGUGGAUCUGGCAUGGGCAUCGACAGCAUCUGUGAGCUCGCUGCCAGACUCCUGUUUAGCAUCAUCGAAUGGGCCCGAAACAUUCCGUACUUCCCCGAAUUGCCAGUAUCGGAGCAGGUGGCCUUGCUGCGGCUCAGCUGGAGCGAACUGUUUAUUCUGAACGCAGCUCAAUCUGCCCUGCCACUGCACAUGGCCCCGCUGCUGGCCGCCGCAGGCUUCCACUCCUCACCCAUGUCCGCGGAAAGGGUGGUGUCCUUCAUGGACCAGGUGCGCGUCUUCCAGGACCAGGUGGAGAAGCUGACGCGUCUGCAGGUGGAUUCGGCAGAGUACAGCUGUCUCAAGGCCAUAGCGCUCUUCUCGCCAGAUGCGUGUGGGCUGACAGAUCCCGCUCAUGUAGAAAGCCUGCAGGAGAAAGCUCAGGUGGCUCUUACCGAGUACGAGCGCAUGCAGUACCCCGGGCAGCCCCAGCGUUUCGGACGGCUCCUGCUGCGACUGCCCGCUCUGAGGGCCGUGCCCGCCAGCCUCAUCUCUCAGCUCUUCUUCAUGCGGCUCGUGGGCAAAACGCCCAUCGAGACACUCAUCCGUGACAUGCAGCUGUCUGGCAGCUCCAUCAGUUGGCCGUAUGCUCCUGGACAAUAAUCUUCAUCACAUGUGACCAGCCUGAACGGGAAGAUCUUGGUCUGACUUGUUUUGUUUUUUUAUAUCCACACAUUUACAUCUGAUAUUCAGUGUAUUGCCUAAUGCAACAGGGUCGCACUAUGGAAAUGGUGAAUUGGGUAUUAUGUUGCAGAUCGGUGAACUUCAACAUGACUUGAAGUAUUUGUUAUCUGCCAACCAAAGGUAAGACGUGAGGUACCAUUUUUUAAAGAUUGUAAUUAAUUGGAAAUGGGUUCAAACCCUAAAAGGCGAGAUCUGACAGUUUGGUGUCAACAACACGAAGGUCACUUUGGACUGUUCCCGGAGGCCUGGGAAAUCAAGUUCCCAUCAUGCUCCGCUCUGCCCUGUCCUUGUGCACCACAAAGCCUGAAGGAGGAGGAAGUAGACACGAUGACAUCCAAACAAACCAAACCCAAACAGUCUGAAUUAGGACUAAGGCAUUUGUUAUGCCAACGAGAACUUGUAUUUUUUAGCUCUUUUUACCCUUGUCAAAGCUAACGCAUUUCUGAGGAGAGAGUGAAAUUUGCAACUGAUUAUGUUGAAUUAAGUAUAGCUGCGGACUUUAUUUGUACUUUGAGUUAAGGUACAGGCUCAUCUCAUCAAGAAUGAUUCAUAUUUUGGAGCGCACACCCUUCAUUUGAGAUAGAUGACAGGUGAAGUAGUCUUGUUUUUUUCUUUUCAGACAGACACCAAUGAAUUUUCUUCUUAAAAAGGUUUCUUUUUUUUUUUUUUUUUUUUAGUUUUUUCAGACUUCCACUGGUAAUGAAGUCCUAUUAUGAACGUCGACCAAAAGAAAUACCUCUACAGUCUGUUGAGACUCUGUGUCAUUCACGGCUGUGUCAGAUUUUCUAUGUACCAACAUACUUGAGCUGCUCACUUUACACUAAAGAGGAGUGAUUGGAUCAAUCUGUCUGUUAUGUUUGUUUCUCGAAGGCCGUUUUCAGCAGGAAACCGGCUGUGGCUGUUUUGUCUUUCGUGGAGCAUUGCUCUGGUGUGGCGUUUCACAGGUGACAGCAUGUUGUAUUGGCUCUUGUUGUGAGAUGUCCGUUUUCUAGCCUUAUCAUACAUCAGAAUGACUAAUAUUACCUCAUAUUUAGGCCUUUAAAACAUAUCAGACGGUCUAAUAGACAUCAAUGCAUCAAAUCGGCAACGUGUACAGUUUUCAUUUUAAUAUCUUUGUCUUUUUAAAUACUUGUGUAUGACGGCUUGAUUAAACAAAGUAUCAUACAACG